UUGGAUUCAUUUCCGGCAUAGGUCACGUGACUUGCAUCUCCUGGCGGGGUGGUGAAAACCCCAUUACUUUUUGUGAACUGGUCUAGGCGCUGUCAUUUUGGCCUUCAAAAUUAUAUCUUUAAAGUUUCUCAGUAUCUAGGAGAUCAGGGAGGAGAGGUAUAUUUGUUAUUAUCAUGGAGCCAGAAUAUGAUGGAUAUAUGGAAGAAGAAGAGGAGUGGGACAGGGAAGGAUUACUCGACCCGGCAUGGGAAAAGCAACAGAAAAAGACAUUCACAGCAUGGUGCAAUUCUCACUUACGAAAAACGGGCCCACAAAACCAAAUAGAGAACAUAGAGGAGGAUUUUCGAAAUGGACUCAAACUUAUGUUAUUGUUAGAAGUCAUAUCUGGGGAACAUUUACCCAAACCAGAUAGGGGCAAGAUGCGUUUUCACAAGAUAGCCAACGUCAACAAAGCUUUAGAUUUUAUCGCCUCCAAAGGCGUCAAAUUGGUGUCUAUAGGAGCCGAAGAAAUUGUGGAUGGCAAUGUGAAAAUGACAUUAGGUAUGAUCUGGACAAUUAUCCUCCGGUUUGCUAUUCAAGACAUUACUGUAGAAGAAUUAACAGCCAAAGAAGGCCUCUUGUUAUGGUGCCAGAGGAAAACAGCUCCUUAUAAGAAUGUUAAUGUACAGAACUUUCACCUCAGUUUUAAAGAUGGUCUCGCUUUCUGUGCACUCAUACACAGGCAUCGGCCUGAUCUUCUAGAGUACAAUAAUUUGUCAAAGGAAAAUCCACUGGAGAACUUAAACACUGCCUUUGACAUUGCUGAAAAACAUUUAGAUAUUCCCAGGAUGUUGGACCCUGAAGAUAUGGUGAACUCAGCGAAGCCAGAUGAGAGAUCAGUUAUGGCUUAUGUGUCUUCCUAUUACCAUGCUUUCUCUGGUGCUCAGCAGGCUGAGACUGCUGCCAACAGAAUCUGCAAAGUGUUGAAAGUGAAUCAGGAGAAUGAGAGAUUGAUGGAGGAAUAUGAAAGACUUGCUAGUGAUUUGCUAGAAUGGAUUCGUCGUACUAGACCUUGGUUAGAGAAUCGUACAACUGAUAACACUUUGCCAGGUACACAAAGAAGGCUGGAAGAAUUCCGUGACUACCGCCGUAAACAGAAGCCACCAAAGUUGGAAGACAAGGCUCGACUUGAAAAUAGCUUCAAUACUCUACAGACUAGGUUAAGACUCUCAAACAGACCAGCAUAUCUCCCAACAGAAGGAAAAAUGGUUUCGGAUAUUGCUAAUGCUUGGAAAGGAUUAGAGACGGCAGAAAAGGGUUUUGAAGAAUGGCUGCUGUCUGAACUGCAAAGAUUGGAACGUCUGGAUCAUCUAGCCCAGAAAUUCCGUCACAAAUGUGAAAUUCAUGAAGAAUGGGCUGCCGGUAAAGAAGACAUGUUAAAGUCUGGAGACUUCAAGAAGUGUAGAUUAAAUGAGCUCAAGGCCAUGAAAAAGAAGCAUGAAGCAUUUGAAAGUGAUUUGGCAGCUCAUCAAGACAGAGUGGAACAGAUUGCAGCAAUUGCACAAGAAUUAAAUUCGUUGGAUUAUCACGACUUAGUUACUGUCAAUUCAAGAUGUCAGCGCAUUUGUGAUCAGUGGGAUGUUUUAGGCCAGCUGACACAGAAGAGAAGAGAUGCUCUUGAAGAAGCAGAAAGAGUAUUAGAAAGAAUAGACCAAUUACAUUUAGAAUUUGCAAAACGAGCUGCACCUUUUAACAAUUGGAUGGAUGGAGCUAAAGAAGAUCUGCUUGACAUGUUCAUUGUGCACACCACAGAAGAAGUGCAAGGUUUGGUAGAUGCCCAUGAACAAUUUAAAGCCACACUAGGGGAGGCUGAUAAAGAGUAUGCCACAAUAGUUGGACUGGUUCAAGAGGUGCAAAGACUUGGUCAGCAGUUUGGUAUCACUCCACCAGACAACCCUUACACAACUCUUCAUGCCCAGGAUAUUACAAACAAAUGGGGAGAAGUCAAGCAACUGGUGCCCCACCGUGAUACAACACUUCAACAGGAAAUGAUGAGGCAACAGAACAAUGAAAGGCUGCGCAGGCAGUUUGCUGCCAAGGCAAAUGUUGUUGGCCAGUGGAUUGAGAACCAGCUAGAUGCUGUGGCUUCCAUCGGUGUAACUGGACGUUCCUCUUUGGAAGAGCAAUUGAAGAAACUGCAGCAAUUUGACAAGGCUGUUGUGGCUUAUAAACCCAACAUGGAGGAGCUGGAAAAGUACAACCAGGAAGUCCAAGAAGCAAUGAUUUUUGAGAAUCGUUAUACACAGUACACAAUGGAGACACUUCGAGUUGGUUGGGAACAGUUGUUGACAGCUAUUGCAAGAAAUAUUAAUGAAGUUGAAAACCAGAUAUUAACCAGGGACUCAAAGGGUAUAAGUGAAGCCCAGAUGAAUGAAUUCAGAAUGUCCUUCAAUCACUUUGACAAAAACCGCACUAAGAGACUGGAGCCCAAGGAAUUCAAAGCUUGCCUUAUUAGUUUGGGAUAUAAAAUACGAGAUGACAAACAGGGAGAGGCUGAUUUCCAGAGGAUAAUGUCUAUUGUGGAUCCCAACCGUUCCAACUAUGUUACAUUUGAUGCAUUCUUGGACUUCAUGACACGUGAGACUGCUGAUACUGACACUGCAGAACAAGUGAUGCAGUCUUUUAAGAUUCUUGCUGGUGACAAGCCCUACAUUACAGCCCAGAUAUUACGCCAGGAGCUUCCUCCAGAUCAGGCAGAAUACUGUAUCCAGAGAAUGGCACCCUACACAGGGCGUGAUGCCGUGCCAGGAGCACUAGAUUACAUGUCCUUCUCAACAGCCCUCUAUGGAGAGAGUGACCUCUAGAACUAGGACCUAAAUUUAGGAACAAUUGGGGAGUCGGAGUCCUUUCUUAUCUUACCCCUCUAAUCUCAUUAUUAGAACUUUCAUCAUGCAUUACAUACACACACACACACCAGACUACUGGAUGUUACUGGGUUUAAAUACUGUCAGGAUUUUAAGUAGUUUUUUUUCAAUGCAAAUAUAUUUUUUAAACAAAAAAAAAAAUAGCAUUGCUGCCUGAUAUCAAGAUCUAUGAAAUACACCUUUGUUUUAUUUGUUUGUUGUUUUUCUUUUCUAUUUCUUAUUGGUUAGCAAGAGAAUCUAAGAAGUAAUUUUAAACUGUGUUUUUGUCAGAACUUGUUUCGUGUUUUUGCCUCUGGCCUGCUGUGCAGUUCAUUAUCAAUCUCUAUUUGCUGACAUUGUUAAAAGUUAUUUUUUUAACUCACUAGAAUCCCCUAAUUAAUUAGCAUGUGCAGCAUGCAUUACACAAGCAGUGGGACUUAGUUGACUGUGUUCUGAGUGUUCAUAGUUUUUUUUAUACAUAUAUAUAUAAUUUUGGUUAAAUGAAAACAUGUUAAAUGGUACAGCAUUGUAUAAAAAAAAAAGUGAUGCAAGAUAUUGUCCCCCUAAAUUUUUUUAUUUUUUUUUUUUAGCUGUAAACAAUUUAAAAGUUAAAAAAAAAAUAAACUUUGAAUGUAAAAUACAACUUGUUUUGUGUGUGUUUGUUUUGAGUUACAUAGCCCCUGAAGCAAUAGUUUCAUAUCAACUGAACAGUAUCAAAGCACAUUUCAAGACACACUUAAUUCCAGUGAUAAUGUAGUCUUGUAGAAUACAAUUAGAUAGUCCAUAAUUUUGUCCUCAAAGUCAUAUGGUUGUGACAUUUGUGUUGAACAAAGUCAUGUGACAUCAGGUGUGUAGGAUGAUGCAAAAGCACAACCUCAUUAGUCAAACUACAUUCAGGAAAAGAUCACUGAAUGAUGCUAUUGUGUGAACUAACAGUGCCUUGUAUGUAUGCAAGUUACCUCUCUUGCCUCCCAUUAACAAAAUGAGAUUUUAUUCCAUAGUGUCCAUAAUGAGCCAGGAGUUUUUUUUUAAAUUACAUUGUUUUAUUUAUACAUCUUUUUUUUGUUAAGUAUAAUUAGCAUUAAUAAUUCCAUCAGCUUGUAAAGCUUAUACAUAUAUAUAUAUAUAUUUAUACACAUAUAUUUUUUUAAAUGAACAUAAAAUGAAAAAAGUUCUAGAACAUCAAUCUCUUCCUAAAGAGACAUUUUUGUUGACCUGUAGAUGAGUGUUACUAGAUGUAGGAGUGGGCAUGUAUUCCCAGUUUGGUUUGAACAGACUUUCAAAAACCAUUUAUUUUCCAAUGGUGUGUUUUUGUGGAUACUUUUGUUUUACUGUUGUGGUGUUUUUGUUUACUGAAAGAUGUUCAAUAUCUUUGCAAACAAAAUAUUUAUUUAAUUUAACCAAAAUUCUAUGACCUUUGACUUCUGUCAGAAAAGUUUUGAGGUGAUGAAUGUAGUAAUUGGUUUUGUACUUCUCACAUUUAAUUAAAUUCAGUGAUAUUUACAUUUUUUUUUUUAUUUUACCUUCAGAGCUUUGAAAUCAAAUUUUGUUUUCUAGUAUAGAAAUAAAAUACUUGUAGUUUUGGAAAUCUAUAUUCAAAUGUAUUAUAUCUAUAUGGAGAAAGUUGCAUGUAUAUAAAGUCAUUUCAAAAUCUGACAUUUUGUGGAAUUUUUUUUUUUUUUAUGUUUAUUUGUCUGACCUCAAUGUGUGUGUGUGUGUAUGUUUGAUUAAUUUUCUUAAUUCUUUUAUGCAGUUUUAUCUUCCAGCCUAAGCAUGGAAAUUGACUCACAAAACAAUUAGAUCUAUAUCAUAUCACCUUUUCAGGCAGUUGUAUUUUCAUGAUAGUUUCUACUUGUAUCACUGGAUGAUGAAGAUCUUUCAACAAAUGUAGUUCUGGGAACAUCCCCAAUGACAUUUAUUUUGAGAACAUCCCCAGUGAGAGGUGUUCUGGGAACAUCCCCAGUGAGAGGUGUUCUGGGAACAUCCCCAGUGAGAGGUGUUCUGGGAACAUUCCCAGUGAGAGGUGUUCUGGGAACAUCCCCAGUGAGAGUGGUGAAGAGUUCUUAUUUUACAUUGUAUUCUCUAUACAUUUUUGUUAAAUAAUUUUUACAGCUCUACACUUGAACUGUUAUUUAUUGUAUUUUCUUUGUGAUUUUUUUCCUAAGAUGUCUUUAGUAGGUUAAGUAUAUUCUUAUUAAGAGUUAACCUAAAAUGAAAUUAGUUGUUACUAUUUUGAUAGGAUACUUAUAGCUGGUGUCCUGGUUUAGCCUGUGUUCUAUACAUGCAGAGUUGCCUAACCUGCUGUUGUUUUCUUUAGGCAAUCUUUAUAUGGAGGCUUGUUUUAUAGAGAGGUUGUCUGCCUUCUCAAGGGUACAUUGAUGACUAAGACAUCAAACUUGUCAGAACUGGCUUCUAGCAACAUUUUCUCUACCUCCCCAAAGAUAUGUAACUCCCUUAACAAAGGGAAUCAGUUAUUCUGAAACAAUUACUGUUCAGAAGACUGACUGAACUCUGCAUGGAGAGUCUCUACUCUGCAUGUGACAUCUCUUUUUUUAUGUUACUCAGCAGCGAUGGCAUUUGUAAACCAUUAUUAAGACAUGACUAUAACAAUCUUAUAUAUCAAAUUGAAUGGUAAAUCAACAUGUUCUAUACAUUAUGUUCAGACUUGGAAGAAUUGUAUAAAGUGCAUUUUUUAAAUUGCUAUUCACUUGUUUAACAGCUCCUUGCCAAUGCUUAUUGCAGAUAGUAGUCUAUGGAUGGGUUGAUGUGCACACAUUGCAACUUACACAGAAGACAGCAUCAGCUGACAAAUCGUCUAGGAACAUUUUGUCUUGUCUUAUACAAAUCAGUUUUGUUCCUAUCUUAGUUAUUUAUAUUAUACCCAUGCAAUGAGAAGUAAUGCCUGGUCUGGUGAUCAGGAUUAGGAUGUCAAGAAUGUUAGUUUUGUAUAUAUAUAUUUUUUAAACUUAGGAUGAAUAAUUCUCUAUUUGUAACAGUUUUCUUAGUACACUUUAUUUCACAUUAUUGUAAUACCUUGUUUGUUUGUUUGUUUAGUCUCUCAAAAAGACAAAGUAUUAAGAGGGAAAAGAAAAAAAGUUGUUAGGACCUGACUCCAAACAUUGUUGGCUGCUCCAACAUUUUAAAAAAAGACUUCAUACAGUAAUUGUUGACAUGACUUGAUCAAUGUAUUAUAAAAUGCUCCAAUUCUCUAUAAUGGUUAUACAUUUAUAAAAAAAAAAAAUUAAAACCGGACUAAGCUGCUGUCACUAACCUAGCUGAGUCCUUGAGUUGACUAUUAUUGUUAUUAGAUUAGAAUAAUAUUCAAACUCAUUAAGUUCAUGCUAGCCUCAUCUUAACUUUUGAUACAAUUAUAUCGAGAGUGGCUUCCCUUUGUCCUCGUUUUUUUAGCGUAUGUCGAUGUGUGAAUUCUUAGAUACUGCUGUCGUUCGCAUCUAGACAAAGUGUUUUAUUUGAACAUGUUAUUCCGUGUCAAGUUUUUUUUUUUUUUUGUCACGUAUUUUUUAUUUUAUUUGAAUUUGUUUAUUUUAGUCACUCAGAGAUGGCUGUCCCAACUCUGCCCUCCAUAUAGUAACCAAAAUAAAAAGCAUUGAAUACCCA